AUGACUAACUGGGCAAUAGAACUCAGUGAAUAUGACAUAACGUAUGAAAGCCAGAAAGCAAUCAAAGCACAAGCCUUAGCUGACUUCAUAAUGGAAUUAACACCACCGAACUCGGAUCACGAGGAACCCGGCGAUGCAUGGAAGGUCUACGUAGACGGAUCUUCCAACAAUAAAGGAAGUGGGGCUGGAAUCAUAUUAGAAAGCCCAGAAGGAGUAACCAUUGAGCAUUCUCUGAACUUGGGAUUCCCAACUUCAAAUAAUCAAGCUGAAUACGAAGCUCUAAUAGCUGGAUUGAUCCAGGGUAAAGAACACGGAGCUAGGAAAGUGCAAAUCUUUAGCGACUCACAGCUGGUAACCUCGCAGAUAGAAGGAAAGUACCAAGCCAAAGGUCCUAUACUGAUGAAGUACCUGAGUCGAGUUCAGGAAAUUAUGGCCGACUUUGAUGAGGUUCGGGUUGCUCACAUCCCACGAGGGGAGAAUAGCCGAGCUGACAUCUUGUCGAAGUUAGCCAGUACCAAAAAUUCGGGUAAUCACAGAACCGUGGUUCAGCAAAGUAUAAUAACGCCGAGUUGCGUGAUGGUGAUAACCUCCGUAAAUGACUGGAGGAAACCUCUGGUCGAUUAUCUGGAGAAAGGGAUACUGCCAGAGGAUCGCCUGGAAGCUAGGAAGCUGGUCCGAGAUGCGACACAAUAUGUGAUCGUUAAUGACCAGCUAUUUAGAAAGGGUUUGCAUAACCCCAUGCUAAAAUGCUUGACCUCGGAAGGAGCAGAGUACGUCCUCGCCGAGAUCCAUGAAGGAAUAAACAGACAUCACAUGGGUGGCAAAGCCUUGGCCAGAAAGGCCCUCAGAGCUGGUUAUUACUGGCCGACAAUGGGGGCAGAUUCUAAAGAACAUGUCAAGAAAUGUGAUAGCUGUCAGAAGCAUGCCAAGUUAAUCCUUUCACCACCUGAAGAAUUGAAAUGCAUCUCGGCCCCAUGGCCCUUUUUCAAAUGGGGAAUGGAUUUGCUAGGACCUUUUAAAGCUGGUGAAGGGCAACUCAAGUGGUUGAUCGUGGCUGUGGAUUACUUCACAAAGUGGAUAGAAGCAGAACCAGUUACCACAAUCACCUCGGCUAGAGUGCAAAGGUUCUUUGAACGAAAUAUUGUUUUGAGAUUCGGAAUCCCAGCCGAGGUGGUUACUGAUAACAGAACGCAGUUUGCUGAUAAGAAAUUCCAACAGCUAAUGAAAGACCUACACGUCAUACAUCGUUUUGCAUCUGUGGAACACCCACAAUCGAAUAGGCAAGCCGAAGCUGCCAACAAAGUGAUUGUGGAAGGUCUCAAAAAAUGA